AUGAUUAACUCAAAGGAUGCCAGCAAGCACGUGUCAACAUGUGCAGAGGAUGCUGCCUACAAGCGUCUGCUGGAACAAGGCUUUGUGGUCAUCAAAGGGAGAUCAGGAUCUGGGAAAUCCCACAUGGGAUACACUCUGUUACAGAGGGCAUUGAAGCAGUUCCAACGGAAACCAGUGAAGAUCUCAUCACCUGAUGAAUGGAACUAUCUACCCAAAUCAAGUAAUCCUAAAUCUGAUGUUGCUAUUCACAAAUACAUUGUCAUGAUUGAUGAUAUUUUCGGAUCUACUAAUCUGAUCCAACACAAUUUGGACCAGUGGAGACAGAAGUUUGACCUUGUGUGGCCUCAGGUGGAAUCUGGACAAAUCUGUGUGUGUCACAGUAAGAAGUUCCAUCAACUAUUAGAAUCUUUGAUCGACAAACUAGCUCCAGUACAAAUAAAAGACAGAACUGUGAAAACUCUUCUGCAUAAAGCAGCAUGGAGUCAGUGCAAGAUAUGUAUCAAGAUGUUGAUUUCAGAUGUGGAAGGAACUGACAGUGACGGUAACACAGCUUUACACUGCAUGAUAAAAUCUGAUGAAAAUCACGACCAUGAAGUGUUAGAAUUAUUAAUGGAAAAGACCAAUCACAGACACAUAAAGAACAAUAGUGGUGCGUUACCUCUCCACAUUGCAGCAAGAAGGCAGUGUAAGGAGUGUAUCAGUCAUUUGCUCAGGGAGGCUGAUGUAAGUAAGGAUCAUACAGGUAAUCCUGUACACUGUACAUUUGAUGAAGGAGCUUCACACCAUAGAGAUGAAUCACGUGAAAAUGUCUUCCAUGUUUGGAAAGGGUCAGAUGUGAUUAUGAGUCAGACAAAGACACCAUGUAAAGAACGUGGGGAACUGUUGCUCCCAAAGUCUGAUAUAAAUGAUCAGGAUGAGGCUGGGAACACUGCACUGCACUAUCUCAUUCACAAUGAAUCAUAUUAUGGAAGAAAUGAAUGUUUAGACCAUGAAACAUAUCAGCUCUUUCUUGAUAAUGGGGCAGAUGUGCACAUAAAGAACAAGGGAGGAAAGACAGCUCUGCACUUGGCAGCAAAGGCAAAUUGUAAAAACUGUGUGAAAAUGUUGCUCUUAAUGUCUGAUAUAAAUGAUCAGGAUGAGGUGGGGAACACUGUACUGCACUAUCUGAAUCAUUAUCAAAGUUAUGAUCUGACCAAAGUUGAACGUGUUUGCCAAGAAACGUGUCAGAUCUUUCUUGACAGUGGGGCAGAUGUGCACAUAAAGAACAAGGAAGGAAAGACAGCUCUGCGCUUGGCAGCAGAGGCAAAUUGUAAAAACUGUGUGAAAAUGUUGCUCCCAAUGUCUGAUAUAAAUGAUCAGGAUGAGGUGGGGAACACUGCACUGCACUAUCUGAAUCAUUAUCAAAGUUAUGAUCUGACCAAAGUUGAACGUGUUUGCCAAGAAACAUGUAAGAUCUUUCUUGAUAAUGGGGCAGAAGUGCGCAUAAAGAACAAGGUAGGAAAGACAGCUCUGCACUUGGCAGCAAAGGCAAAUUGUAAAAACUGUGUGGAAAUGUUGCUCCCAAAGUCUGAUAUAAAUGAUCAGGAUGAGGCGGGGAACACUGCACUGCACUAUCUCAUUCACAAUGAAUCAUAUCAUUAUGGAAGGAAGGAAUGUUUAGACCAUGAAACAUAUCAGCUCUUUCUUGAUAAUGGGGCAGAUGUGCACAUAAAGAACAAGGAAGGAAAGACAGCUCUGCACUUGGCAGCAAAGGCAAAUUGUAGAAACUGUGUGAAAAUGUUGCUCCCAAAGUCUGAUAUAAAUGCUCAGGAUGAGCAUGGGAACACUGCACUGCACUAUCUGCAUCAUUAUCAAAGCUAUUAUCUGACCAAAGUUGAACGUGUUUGCCAAGAAACGUGUCAGAUCUUUCUUGAUAAAAGGGCAGAUGUGCACAUAAAGAACAAGGAAGGAAAGACAGCUCUGCACUUGGCAGCAGAGGCAAAUUGUAAAAACUGUGUGAAAAUGUUGGUCCCAAAGUCUGAUAUGAAUGCUCAAGAUGAGCAUGGGAACACUGCACUGCACUAUCUGCAUCAUUAUCAAAGUUAUUAUCUGACCAAAGUUGAACGUGUUUGCCAAGAAACGUGUCAGAUCUUUCUUGAUAAAAGGGCAGAUGUGCACAUAAAGAACAAGGAAGGAAAGACAGCUCUGCACUUGGCAGCAGAGGCAAAUUGUAAAAACUGUGUGGAAAUGUUGCUCCCAAUGUCUGAAAUAAAUGAACAGGAUUGGGCGGGGAACACUGCACUGCACUAUCUCAUUCACAAUAAGUCAUAUCAUUAUGGAAGGAAGGAAUGUUUAGACCAUGCAACAUAUCAGCUCUUUCUUGACAACAGGGCAGAUGUGACCAUAAAGAACAAGAAAGGAAAGACAGCUCUGCGCUUGGCAGCAAAGGCAAAUUGUAAAAGAUGUGUGAAAAUGUUGCUGCCAAUGUCUGAUGUAAAUGAACAGGAUUGGGCGGGGAACACUGCACUGCACUUUCUCAUUCACAAUAAGUCAUAUCAUGGAAUGAGUGAAUGUUUAGACCAUGAAACAUAUCAGCUCUUUCUUGACAACAGGACAGAUGUGACCAUCAAGGACAAGGAAGGAAAGACAGCUCUGCACUUGGCAGCAAGGGCAAAUUGUAAAAGAUGUGUGAAAAUGUUGUUACCAAAGUCUGAUAUAAAUGGACAGGAUGAGGAUGGGAACACUGCACUGCACUAUCUCAUUAACAAUGAAUCAUAUCAUUAUGGAAGGAAUGAAUGUUUAGACCAUGAAACAUAUCAGCUCUUUCUUGAUAAUGGGGCAGAUGUGCACAUAAAGAACAAGGAAGGAAAGACAUAUCUGCACUUGGCAGCAAAGGCAAAUUGUAAAAACUGUGUGGAAAUGUUGCUGCCAUAA